AUUUCUAACAAGGAAAUAAACGCAUAACAAAAAAACUCGGCAGCAAACGAAGUAGUUAACCAGCUUGCCUCAAGUACAGUAUACAAAUUAUUUUUUGUUUUCGUUUCUGCUCCACAGUCCUGAAAAUCCAUAAUGUUCGUGACGGACAUUAAAAAAGAGUUCUACGAUGUUGUUGUCAACCAGAGAGUCGCACUGUUGGUCGCGUCGGACAUAGAUGCCCUGUGCGCCUGUAAGAUACUGCAGGCGCUGUUUCAGUGCGACCAGGUGCAGUACACCUUGGUGCCCGUCUCAGGUUGGCAGGACUUGGGCACAGCCUUCAUGGAACACAAGGAGCAGUUCCGUUAUUUCGUCCUGAUCAACUGCGGCGCCAACGUGGACCUGCUGGAGACGCUGCAGCCCGACGAAGACUCCGUCUUCUUCAUCUGUGACACGCACCGCCCCGUGGAUGUGGUCAACGUCUACAACGACAGCCAGGUGAAGCUGCUGAUCAAGCAGGACGACGACCUGGACGUGCCCUCGUACGACGACAUCUUCCGCGAGGACGAGGAGGAGGAGGGAGAGGGCGGCGGGGACUCCGGGAACGAGAGCGAAGCCGGCUCGGAGCCUUCCGGGAAACGGAGGCGGUUCGAUGAGGGAGCUGUGGAGCGGAGGAUUGAGCGCCAGAGGGCGAAGAGGGAGUGGGAGGCUCGCAGGCGAGAGAUCCUGUUUGACUACGAGCAGUACGAAUACCACGGCACCUCAGCUGCCAUGGUGAUCUUCGAGCUGGCCUGGGUGCUGACCAAAGACACCAAGGACAUGCUGUGGUGGGCCGUCAUUGGACUGACCGACCAGUGGGUUCACGACAAAAUCACUCAUAUGAAGUACGUGACGGACAUCGCCACCCUGCAGCGCCACGUGUCCCGUCACAACCACCGGAACGAGGACGAGGAGAACUCGCUCUCCAUCGACUGCAUGAGGAUCUCCUUCGAGUACGACCUGCGCCUGACGCUCUACCAGCACUGGUCGCUGUACGAGAGCAUCUGUAACUCCUGCUACACCUCCUGCAACUUCAAGCUGUGGUCCAUGCACGGCCAGAAGAAGCUGCAGGAGUUCCUGGCUGACAUGGGGCUACCGCUGAAGCAGGUGCGUCAGAAGUUCAACUCCAUGGACAUGUCCAUCAAGGAGAACCUGCGAGAGGUCAUAGAGGAGUCCGCCAAUAAAUACGGCAUGAAGGACAUCCGGAUCCAGACGUUUGGCGUCCAUUUUGGUUUCAAGAACCGUUUCCUGGCCAGCGACAUGGUGCACGCCGCCGCCGCCCUGCUGGAGAGCACGGAGAAGGACGAGGGGGCCGGGGACAACUUCAUCAAAGCCCUGGACUGCCUGUCCAGGAGUAACUUGGAGGGGCUCCAUCUGGGGAUAGAGCAGGCUAAGAGGAAGCUGAUGGCCGUCCAGCAGACUGUGGCCAGCUGCAUCUGCACCAACCUCAUCCUGUCCCAGGGCCCCUUCCUCUACUGCUACCUCAUGGAGGGUACCCCUGAUGUGAAGCUGUUCUCAAAGCCCAUGGCUCUAACUCUGCUCUGCAAGUACCUCCUCAAAGCCUUUGUCCGUUCGACCAGGAACAAGCGCUGUAAGCUGCUGCCCCUCAUCAUAGCGGCGCCCAUGAAGGCCGAGCAGGGCACCGUCAUCGUCCUGGGCAUCCCCCCGGAGUCGGAGACCUCCGACAAGAAGAAUUUCUUCGGCAGGGCGUUUGAGAAGGCUGCAGAGAGCACGAGCUCCAGAACGUUACACGACCACUUCAACACGUCCAUCGUAGAGCUGAAGAUGGAGGACCGGAGCAAGUUCCUGGACGCGCUGGUCACCCUGCUGUCCUAAACACAGCAGGGACCCUUCUGACUGGACCAGGACGCACGACAACCAAGCCGACGGAUGGUCCGUGCCAUGUGCAUAUUGUACAGCCAUCUUGUAAAUGUGUGUCCAUUUUUAAAUGUUUUAGCCCCAUGUAAAUAGUGCUCUUGUCUUUUUUUUUUCCCAUUGUCUGAGUGUUAGUGUCCAUAUAUCUAUAAUAAACGACAUUGUAAUGA